UUGGAAAUCUUUUCGAUUUCAUCUGUUCAUUGAUUUUGAAAAUGCGUGAACCGAUAGUGCAAGGCCCAGUCAACCCUUUUCGAGUGACUGACAACACCUCCCUCGAAGAAAGGGAGUGGGGCCCUAUUCUUCAACCAUAUCUUGAGCAUGCGUUGACUUGUCAGGGGCGGUAUAGCGCUGAGGAAAUCACUCGUCAUGUUGACUUUUUCCGCGAUUGUGUAGCUAGCUGGCUGGGUCCUGGCCCUACAUUCAACCACGAUACCGGCAUGAUGGAAAUCCCAUUCCCUGGAUCGCUCACGAAUGACCACACACCCUUCGAGUUGAGCCUUUGCUGGAAGAGCAAGCAGCAGAAGGGACGACCAGUUGUCCGCUAUGUCAUCGAUGUUAUUCCCUCAAAUCUGAAACCGUCACGGAUGGCUGCAUUCAAAACAGCCCUGGCCGUUAUUGAGAGCCUUGAACGGACAGGUAUUAAUGCUACGAAUGGACUGGUAUUGCGCACAUUCCCAGGCCUAUGGACAAAGGUUACUAGAGAAAUGAUCGAAUUUGAGCGUCAAGCCCAUCGCUCGACCGUUUGCUCUAGGUGCUCGCCAUCGGGUGUCUUCGUGGCCUUCGACCUGGUCGCUUCUGAGGCAUUUGCCAAAUUCUACUGGUUGUUCCCAGUUUGCCUGGAGACACCUGACGUUUGUCAAGGUAUUAUGCGCACGAUGCGUUCAUGUAUUGCAGUCGAACCCCAGUUUUCGACCGUAAUGGAAAGCUGGGCGAAAGUUCAGCAAUAUAUCAGCCGCUAUCCGAGCGUGCUGCAACCCCGGAUGCUCUCAAUCGAUACAACUAGAUACCCACAGUGGCGAGUGAAAGUAUAUGUUCGAUGUAUUUUCCGAGAAACAAAUCGCUUUGAAGACCUAGAACCUCACUUGACCUUGGGAGGCGCUAUUAGUCUUUCCGCCUCAUUCCGCGAGACCUGCAACAACUUGUGGAUUUCCCUCACUAGCCAGGGCUUGGACUCUAUCCCAGGUACGGGGCCAAAAUAUUGCCUUCUGAUGUACGAUCUUCCAGCGGUCUCGUCGCAGAAGAUGUCGGCCAAAUUAUACGUCAUGUGCCAGGAGAUUCCUCGCGUCGAUUCAUUCGUUGCGCGGUGUCUUCAUGAUAGUUGUCCGGUUUUGCGAGAUGCCGCCAUUGUCAAGGAGAUGAGCCAAUCAACCGAUCCUACUGCAUAUAUUUGAUAGGAUUAGCCCCGAAAGGCCGCGAGACCGAAGUAUCUAUCUACUGUAACCCAAGCUAUUCGGCGCAGUCGACAUGGAGGAACAGAGUUGAUGAGAAUGGCUAUUUGAAGAAGAAGCGAAGAGUUAUCGCGCCAAAGUCAGAGUAGCCAUGGCCUUAUUCGGGUUAACAGGUCAACAUGAACACAGGAGCAAAUUCAUGAGUUUGGUUCUUCUGAAUUACCGCUUUAUGAAUUUCAAAUCCUCUUUUGUAUCCUUUUCCCUGUCUGUUCUUUCUGUUCAUGGGAAGGUUUGCUUUAUCCUUUGGCCCCCGAACAGGAAGCUCAUAGGACCCUUCGUAGGUUUCGCAUAAUAUUAUCUCUCAAGGUGGACGAGUCAAUCAUGCCAUUGCCGUUGAAUUUCGUCUGUGUUGUCUUUCUGGAUGCAUCAAGGGGAUUAUUGAGAUAUGAACACUGCACAUCGGUAUCCGAAGACAAUUUCAAAAAUAACCAGAACAAACUUGCGCGAAAACGGGCACAGCAACGCAAGGGAUAAAAAGCCUU